UAAGCAAACACAACUCCUUCGAGCCAUUGGCGAUAGCCAACGAGUCUCACACUAAAGGUUUAGAAGAACCCAAGAUUUAGAGGACUUUGUUAUAUCAAAGAUGGCCUGCAUGGGCAUUACACUGGCUCUUAUCCUAACGUGUGCCUUGUAUCCAACAUAUGCAAAAGUUACAGUUUCCCCUAACACUGGAAAUAUAGUUCCGCCCAAGAAUAUCGAMAUCAAAUGUUCGAUAAGCAGCCCAGAUUCUUUUGAUGGUUGGUACCGAGAUGGUACAAAAAUCASCGAUUCUUCAUCAGCGCGAGUACGAGUAGAAAAGAGAACCAGUUCUGAUUAUUACCUUGUCGUCACCAACACAAAACUGAGUGAUGGUGGUUCAUAUCAAUGCAGAGGCAGUACUGGUGCAAGCGAGACUUUUACACUUGAUAUUCAGUUCGAUACCAAAAGCGUCAAAAGAACUCAAUACAUUCGAAUUGGYAACAACGAUCGGAUAGUCGUGGACGUUGCCGGGCGACCUCAACCAUCGUUUACAUGGAAAAGAGAUGGAAARACCGUUGAUAUGACUUCAGGACGUUACAGUCAAAACUCCCAAGGCACCGUAUCAAUAAAGGAUGUUAGAAUUGCAGAUAAAGGAAAUUAUACCUUACGAAUUGUUCAAAACCUAAUAUCUGAGAAUUUGAAAAUCGAAGUCAUCGCUUUUGAACCACCCAUCAUGACCGAAGUACCCCUGCCAGCCACAAGAUACCUUACAGUAGGAUUCAAUACAACCUUCCAUUGCAAAGCUAAAGGAUACCCACCACCAACUUAUCAAUGGUUGAACAGAGCUAAUAAUCCUAUUGAUAUAACAAACCCACGGUUUAUUCCUGAUGGAGAGUAUUUCCACAUCGUUAAUAUACAGCUUAGUGACAAAGGGAAAUACACCUGUGUCGCUAGUAACGUCCAAUAUUAUAAAGUCAAUGCUAGUGCUGAAAUUAGCGAGGUUUAUGUCCGCCCUACCAUCCAAGAACAGUACCUUAAAGAUGAAAUCGUUGAACGAGGUGAGAAGGCGGAUCUGGACUGUGUCGCUGAUGGGACGCCAACUCCAACRGUCAGAUGGAUGAGAGAUGGUCGUUUCGAUAUGCGUCAAGAGAUAACGAAACGACGUAGCAUCAUACGUAUUCGAGAAGCUCGUAUGACUGACAUGGGCAAAUACCAGUGUGAGGCUACGAACCUGGCACGUGACCAACAAGGUCGUAUUAUUGUGGCUGAUGCAACAAUGGGCCUGUACAUCAAAUCUAGGCCAAUAAUCAACAAGAARGGAACUCAAACUACUGUCUACUCAUAUCUUGGUAAUCCAAAACCAGUUUACAUCAGAUGUAAUUUCGAAGGUUACCCGUUCCCUAACGUUACUAUCUGGUUUGAUAACAUCCAAAUCGCCAACGGAACCGAGGUAGCAAUCUUUGACAUCAUCACAAACGAGUUGGAAGACUUUGGAGACUAUUAUUGUUGGUCUUGGAAUCUUCACGGUUCGAAUAAUGUUACUGUUCAGCUGUUACACGCAAAGGCUCCCGCUAGACCCACUAAUGUAGUAGCUAAUGUGACAUGCAAUUCUGUCAAGCUAACGUGGGAUGAACCUAAGGACACUGGAGGCAUGCAAAUAGUUCAUUAUGUAAUWGAGUAUGACGGCAAGCGAUGGAAUACUGAAGACACUUAUCCAGAGUACUAUAUAGAGAACCUGAAGCGCAAUAAGGUGUAUACCAUACAGAUACGAGCGCGUAAUAAGAUGGGCGUUGGCGACCACGAGACUGUUACCAUCACUACAAAGGAAUACUGUCGACCAGGUCAYCCGAUUAUUUGGCAUCCAAUCCAAACUGUGAUCAAGGAUACAAUGUUUUUCCUGAGAUGGAAAGUACCUGAUGAUAAUGGAGGUGAUCCGAACAUUCGAUAUAAAGUGGUAAUAAACGAGGACCUCGACGAUGGACCAUAUCCAACAAGUGAUGAAAUCAUAGGUGUUACAGAGUAUUACGUACAUGAGUUAAAGUUCGGUAUGAAGUACUAUAUCGAAGUAUUUGCUAUGAACCAAGGUGGAACAAGUGAUCCUGCUAUUGGUCUUUAUGAAGUAGAUAAGAUUGGACUCACAUCACCACUUGGCAGCUCUUCGUGUCUGACGUUCAACCUAGUUACUAUGCUCUGCUCUUUCAUAAGCYUAGCUUUAUUAAUCGUAUAAACAAGCAAAAUGAGUGAGCAUGGUUUGAAMCGAACUUCCAGUCAGCACUGUGUCCARUGACGUCAAGCUAUGGACCAGGCUGCUUCAUACAUGCUAUUUAGUGUAGCAUACUCAACUAGCUUCUGUAUAAAUGUCAUUUUAUAUUCUACAAACUCCUUUUAUAUUUACUAUUAGAAAGCUCAUCAUUUUAUAAAUCAAAAAAAUAGAACAAAUGUUAACUUAAAAUUCUCAAUAGACACGCAUUCGUCACGCCAUGCGUUAUGUGAUGUUGUGUGACAGAUGUAAUAACCUUAUGACGGUCUGCUUUCGUGCUUAAGUUAUGUACAGUUGAUAGUUAAACCGACAAUGUGUGAAAAUAGCCAACAAAUAUAAUCUAUAUCUUAUAGAUUUUAAUGUUUUAAACGAUCUUUUUUGACAACCCAAAGAUCGGUCUUUCAGAUCACGUGAUUUUGACAAUAUAUUAACUUUAAAUAAUAAAUGUAUACUUUUGAUAUUCAUAGUUACUAGGUGUAUUUGUAGGUUUGAAUAUACUGUAUCUAUCAGAAAUAAACUUAAAAUACCAAGUUACGCCA